GUGGCCUGUGGUUCUCCAUGGAGGAGAGCUCGCGCGAAGGCAGAUGGUGGCCGCCGGCGAGAGCUGAUGGUGAUGGAGGGAGGAAGAAGAUGAGAGGAGGGUAAUUUGGUCCGAGAUAGUAUUUUAGCGUGUAACCAUGUGUUGAAAGUGGCAUUUUAACGAAGCCCACUUCCAGCAUGGCAUUUGGGCGAAACCCACUUUUUGAGGAUGGCACAAUGUCAAUUUUCUCCGGGUGAGAGAGGAGAGAGAUGGUGGGGCCCACAUUUGGCUAUUCUGAUUGGAUGGCUAAAUUUGGGGGGAGGAGUUUGGGCAGGCAUUUAACUUGGCCAUUUGAGUAGAGAGUCUGUUGGACUGCUAUUUUGUGCUGAAGUUGUUAAAAUUUAACUUGUAGAGUUUGACGGAGAACUGUUGGAGAUGCUCUAACAUAUUCCUCCGGUUCCUAAUUGCCUAUCACGCACGCCCCAAUGCGGCGAUUCUGUCACGUUCCGCUCUGCCGGCGAGUGGCCGCCGCUUCCCACGGCGGCCACCCCCACCAGCCGCCGCUCCCGCCGCCGGAGUGGAUCGAGCCGUACACCGACCUCUCGGACCCCCGCCCGUACGCCGCCUCCUCCGCCUCCUCGUCCCCCACCCCGUCGCCGUGGCUCGCCCGCGUCGUCUCCCUCAUCCUCCGCUCCCCUCCCGCCACGCUCGCCGCCGACCUCCGUGCCUUCUGCGCGACCUUCCUCCUCCGCCUCUCCCCGGCCUUCGUCGCCGCCGCGCUCCGCUCGCCGCACCUCCUCCCCAACCCGCUCCCCUCGCUCCACUUCUACCGCUCCCUCCCCAGCGCCGUCGCCGCCGACCUCCUCUCCCACCCGCACCAUCUCGUGAGCUGCUACGUCUCGCUGCUCCGCUCCUUCGCCCACUCCUCCUCCUCCUCCUCCAGGGAGGCCACCCCCGACGCCGCCGCCGCGGCGGCGCACGCGCGGCAGCUCGUCGCCGAGCUGCGCGCGCACGGGGACACCGCCUUGCGGCACCUCACGCCGUCGUCUUCGGCGUCUCUGAUCCGCAGCCUCGCGGCUCUCGGCCUCGCCGAGGAGCUCCUGUGGGCGUGGAAGGCCAUGCGCCUCGCAGGCGUCGAGCCUUCCAGGCUGAUCUACAACUGCCUUCUCGACGGCCUCGUUAACGCUGGCCUUCUUGAUACCGCCGUCAACGUGUUCGACGCAAUGUCCACGGAGGAUCAAGUGCGUCCUGACGUGGUCUCCUACAACAUUCUCAUCAAGGGGUACUGCCGCGCCGGGAGGGCGCAUGAUGCGAUGGCGCGGCUCAGCGAGAUGCAGGAACAGGCGAAGCUCACACCGGACAAGGUGACGUACCUUACACUGAUGCAGUGCCAUUACAGUGAAGGCACGUUUCCGGUGUGCAUUGGUUUGUUCCAAGAAAUGGAGGAGAGGGGAAUGGGGAACGACAUACCACAACAUGCUUAUGUUUUGGUGAUUGGAGCACUCUGCAAGGAUGGGAAGCCAUUCGAGGGAAUGGCUGUGUUUGAAAGGAUGCUGAAGCGAGGUUGCGCAGCCAAUGCAGCUAUAUACACUGCACUCAUUGACUCGAUGGGUAAAUUUGGAAGAGAGAAGGAGGCAAUGGCACUCUUUGAGAGGAUGAAAGAUAGUGGGCUUAAGCUCGACUCAGUCACAUAUGGAGUGAUCGUUAACUGCUUGUGCCGCUUUGGUAAACUAGAUGAGGCAGUUGCAUGCUUCAGAAGUUGUCAAGAGAAGGGGAUUGCAGUGAAUGCCAUCUUCUAUACAAGUUUGAUAGAUGGUUUUGGAAAAGCUGGAAUGGUCGACCAAUCAAAGGAGCUAUUUGAGGAGAUGAUUGCUAAAGGUUUUGUGCCUGAUUCAUACUGCUACAAUGUGCUGAUUGAUGGAUUAGCCAAAUCAGGAAGAAUGGAUGAUGCAUGUGCCUUGUAUAAACGGAUGGAAGAUGAUGGCUGUGAUCAAACAGUGUAUACUUAUACCAUUCUCAUUGAUGGUUUGUUCAAGGAACACAAGAAUGAAGAGGCACUGAAGUUUUGGGACGCGAUGAUCGACAAGGGAAUUACUCCCACAGCUGCAGCUUUCAGGACCCUUGCCAGUGGGCUCUGUCUUUCUGGUAAAUUCAGCCGGGCAUGCAGGAUAUUGGAUGAACUUGCUCCAAUGGGGGUGAUUCCAGAGACGGCCCAUGAGGAUAUGAUCAAUGUGCUGUGUAAGGCUGGCAGAUUCAAGCAGGCCUGCAAAUUAGCAGAUGGCAUUGUACAGAAAGGACGUGAAAUACCUGGGAGAGUUCGUACGAUGAUGAUCAAUGCACUUCGAAAAGCAGGAAAUACUGAUCUGGCUGUCAAACUAGUGCACAGUAAGAUAGGCAUUGGAUAUGAAAGAUCUGGCAGCAUCAAAAGAAGAGUGAAGUUUCAGACCCUGUUUCAGUGAGUUGCAGAUGAUUGUUCUUGAAAGUGAGAAGACAUUCAGAGUUACUGAUGAAUUUUUACAUGCUUUUCCCCCCACAGAAAUUGGGAAAAGUCCUCACAUCUGAAACAAGGUUUGAGUAGAGAUGCCAUCGACAACCCCUAUCUAUUGCAUUGAUGUGCAGGAGAAAGAAUCUCCUGCUACAAAUAUUUUUGAAAGUCUCGCAGAUUUCAGGGUUCAAGAAGAUUGAAACAUGCUAAUUUUGAACAACUAAACGAAAUGCUAUUACCCUUGUUUACUUAGAGCAAUGUUCCACCUGCAACCAGAGAAAAAGAAAGUUAGUCCAUGAGUAUCCCAGAACAUGAGAAGUCAAAGCAUAGAUGUCAUCUAAGGAAAAGAAAAUAACUCACUCCAAGAAAGUUAGUCAUAAGGAUCCCAGAAUAUGGGAAGUCAAAGCACGAUAGAUGACACCUAAGUAUAGAAUAACUCAGUCCCUGGAUAUUCUGCAACUUAUAUGAGGUAUGACCUUUGAGUAAUGCUUGAGACACGAAAGAAUACAGUUCAUGUAUUUGCUGGAGAUUAAGCACAAUAGAGCGUGAAAACACAUCAAUAAUAAUAUUAGCAUGUCAGAGCAAACAAUUGCUUUUCAGUUUUGUUCAUAACUUCAUAUGAGGAACUAAAGUUGCUCCAAUCUCUUGUAUUUCUCUUCUAUUAUAUCAUGAAGGUGCAUAGUUAGGAUUAACCAUUCCUUUCAGGGUGAAACACACUUAUCAAAGGUUGUUUCUAAGAUCAUUUAGCGACUCUUUUUGCACCCUUGUAUCAAGUGCCAUCAGAGGAUUUUUAGUCUGGGAAAAGGUGACUCUUCACAUAAGGGCCACAGGAUCAUCCCCCUUGGUGACUCUUUGAGUUUGACAAUGACAUCACUCAGUAAUCUGAUGUCACGUCAAAGUAUCGUCCUAUUUCUAGUACUGGGGAGAAGAAAAGAUGAACUCUUUUUUGUUCUCCCACCACAGUUUUUUUGCUCUCCUGCCAUGGGUGAAAUGUUGGCCGCCAUAAUCCCUGGGAGAGGAGGGGCCUCUCCCGCUCUGGUCAUUUGGGGCCUCUGGGAGAACAGGAAAAAGAAAGCAAAACUGAGAGGAGAUGGUGAAGAAACUAGGUGAAACUUGCCAUCCAUUACUUUUGUUACUUAAUAAUAAUGUAUGUUCUAAUAAUUUGAUUCGCUAUAUAUACUUUCAGCAGUGUUUGUGUUUUUCUUUUGGAUUGGCUUAAUCAUGUGUCAUUCUGACAAUUGCCUACAUGAUGCCCUAUUUUCUAAGUUAUGCAACACGUGUAAGGAUUAUAUUGAAUAUAAUUGAGCUUGCACAGAGCA